CCUUCACUGUCUCUUUUUUCCAAAACUAUCAUCAGUAAUUUAGAUCAUGUAUUCACUCAUUUCAAGCUAUUCACUCAUAGCCGCACUCUUCCUAGGCACCACCAGUGGCCAGCAGCUCUUCGCUGCGCACUCAGAUGGUAAUGUCACCACACUCGCACUUACUGGAACUGGCAAUGCAUCGAGACUUUCUGUCACAUCCGUAUCGUCAGCAUGCGAUGCAAACCCGGCAACGUUGAACUUGGAUUACUCAAAGCGUAUCCUGUACUGUCUUGAUCGAGGCAGGGGUACGAGCCAAGGCUCCCUCAACUCCUUCUCUAUCGACGCUGCAGGGAAGCUCAACAGAAUUGCACGUGUGAGUGCGCCUCCUUCGGGCGUCACUGCCGAGUUCUUCGACGUCCCGGGAACUGGGGUACGUGGCUAUGUAUCUGCCUCUUACAACAGGAGUGCCAUUGGAGUGUUUCGUCUUGGUGAAAAUGGCGCCCUCACGGAGCCACUCCAGACCAUCCUUCCUAAUCUCACAUCGAUUGGCCCAGUACCUUUGAGACAGGACCGCAGCUACUUGCAUCACGUCAUUCUAGACCCGACUGGUGAGUUUCUACUCAUGGCCGAUCUUGGGGGUGACCAGAUUCGUGUCUUUACAUACAACAAACAAACUAUUGCCCCUUUGAAAGAGCUAGCUCCACUCGUUACAGGACGUGGAGUAGGACCGCGGCACGCAGUCUUUUGGCGCUCUCCGAAAACCCAACAACUGUAUCUGUUCUUCAACGGUGAGCUCGACCAAAGGAUCUAUACUUACCGCGUCAAAUACACGAAGGGGGGUAUUUCAUGGACACUUGUGUCUUCAAUCGCUUCCAUUGGCGACCAUCUCCCAGCGACAACAUCGCCCACAAGUGAGAUUGCAGUUACACCCGAUGGUCGUUUCGUGAUUGUAUCGAACCGCGACGUGUCCUUCGCUGCCUCAACCAUAAACCGUAGCGCACCCAGUGAUACUCUCUCGGUCUUCUCUAUCAACUCCAAUGGCACUCUUAAGGCGAUCCAGCAUACCCCAUCAGGAGGAUAUUCGCCUCGCCAAUUCAUGAUCAACAAAGCCGGUGACAAGAUUGCCGUCGGCCAUCAGAACAAUAACACGGUCGUUGUAUGGAAACGUAACGUCGAGACGGGGUUAAUUGUUACUGAGGCUGAAGGCGGAAAAUUGGGCGUCGCGACUCUAACAGGAGCUGUUGUGUACGCACAGUGGGACGAGUAGAACGUCUUCUAUCUGCAUAGUGUGGGUCUGUAAUCUUACACAACAAUAUUCGACAUUACGAUUGGACAAAUGAAGUGUUUUCAAAGUGUUCUCAGUAUACUACGAAGUGCUUGAGUUAAGAUCAUUACUUUCUGUACGUAUCAUAUAUACCUAGGUAGUGUGAUGCAGAGAUACUUGCGAUAGGGGCCGUUGAAAUCACA